GGUUUGCUCUAGUUUUAGAAUGAAAGAGUUAGCGUUCUUAAUGGGUCAUUUGGAAUAUCGUAUGUCCAUCAACUAGGACAAAGUCCUUGAUAAAGGAAUACAUAUACAGUACUUAUUCUUACGUCAUUUUAAUGAAUGUUUAUCCAAGCAAUUUAUAAACGUAUUUUUCCCUUAUACAGGACAGAGUAAUUCUACAACUAAAAUGCAAGCAAAUGCUGCACUCGCUUCCUUUAAAGUUUUAGAACGAUAUUUAAAACUUCCUUUGGAUGAAAGUAUUUGUCAAAUAACUUAUGUCUGGAUCGAUGGCACUGGAGAAAAACUAAGAGGAAAAACCAAAACCCUCGACUUUGUACCAAAAACUGUUCGUGAUGUUCCAUUGUGGCAAUUUGCUGGUUGUGGUACCUACCAAGCAGAAACUAGUAGAUCUGAUAUGUAUCUUCACCCUGUGGCCAUGUAUAAAGAUCCAUUUCUGAAAGGUUGCAAUAAGCUUGUUAUGUGUGAAACUUAUACUCUUGAUCAAAAACCGUCUGUUAAUAAUAAAAGACGUUCGUGUAAAGAAAUAUUAGAAAAGGUAAAGGAAGAGAAACCAUGGUUUGGUAUUGAACAAGAAUAUACUCUUCUUGAUGCGAAUGGACGUCCUUUAGGGUGGGUUGAAAGAGGAUAUCCUGAACCUCAAGGACCUUACUUCUGUGCAGUUGGCACUAAUAAUGUAUACGGAAGACAUGUUAUGGAAGCGCAUUACAGAGCAUGCUUAUAUGCCGGUAUUAAAAUUGCUGGAACAAAUGCUGAAGUUAUGCCUUGUCAGUGGGAGUUUCAAGUAGGACCAUGCGAAGGAGUUAGCAUAGGAGACGAUCUUUGGAUGGCUAGAUAUAUAUUACAUCGAGUAGCCGAAGAUUUUGGAGUUAUGGUGACUUUUGAUCCCAAACCUGUACCAGGUGACUGGAAUGGUGCAGGAGCUCAUGUUAAUUUCAGUACUAAAUCAAUGAGAGAACCAAAUGGCUUGAGAAUUAUUAAAGAAGCCAUAGAACUCCUAUCACGAAAUCAUCGCCGCCAUAUUGAAGCAUACGAUCCCAAAUCGGGCAAAGAUAACGAAAGAAGAUUAACUGGUUUUCACGAAACUUCACGAAUUGGGGAAUUUACAUAUGGAGUGGCAAAUCGUUCGGCCAGCAUCAGAAUUCCUUGUCACGUAGAGAAACAGCAAUGUGGUUAUCUAGAAGAUCGAAGACCUUCUUCUAAUUGCGAUCCAUACACCGUUGCCGAAAUUUUAGUCGAAACAUUAUUAUUGAAAGAGUGACGCGCAUGGUUUUUCUAUCUGGUAUAUUUGGAUAUAUGCUGUAUAUGUAUAUAAGCCUAUAAUAUACGGAAUGUAUAGUUUAGUUUGCUUCCAUCAGAAGAGUUCGGGUUCGAUUCUUACUCGAGAUACUCGGAAAAAAAUUUAUUUUAUAUUUGAUUAGAUUUAAUACCAAAUUCAAAAUGUAGCCAAUACUAUUUCUUAGAUCCGAAUUUAAUAAACUCGAAAAUAUUUCAA